CCAGUGCGCUCCUGGCUCGGCUCCGCCAUGGUGGCGCUGCCCGGCCCCGCGCCCGCGCGCCUCCUGCUGCUGCCCGGCCGGCCCGAGCCCCCGGCCCCCGCCCCCAGCCCGGCCCGCAAGCGCCAGCGGCUCUCGCACCUCUCGCCGGAGGAGAAGGCGCUGCGCAGGAAGCUGAAGAACCGCGUGGCGGCGCAGAGCGCCCGCGACAGGAAGAAGGCGCGCAUGAGCGAGCUGGAGCAGCAGGUGCUGGAGCUCGAGGAGCAGAACCAGCGGCUGCUGCGGGAGAACCAGCGGCUGCGGGCCGAGACGCGCGGGCUGGCUCUGGAGAACCAGGAGCUGCGCUGCCGCCUGCAGCUGGACGAAGGGGAGGCCAAGGUGAGCCCCGCCGCCACUACGUGCUCCUCUGCAGCAGGCGCAGGCCCAGCAGUCACCACUCCUGACCACCUCCACGUGGGUUCUGAUGGCAUUGACUCUUCAGACUCUGAGUCUGAUCUCCUGCUGGGCAUCCUGGACAGUCUGGACCCAGACAUGUUCUUACAAGACUGUGAUUCGGAGUCAGCCUGCAUGGAAAAGCUGGAAGAAGAUAUCUAUGGAGAAGAAUUGGAUCCCUUACCAGCCACCCCCUCUCCCUCUCUGGGGUCCCCAUCAGCAAAGCUGGAAGCCAUUAAUGAACUGAUACGAUUUGACCAUGUGUACACCAAGGCCCAAGUCUUGGAGAUUCCUGCUCAAACAGUCAAUCAAAGCAAUCUGCUAGUGAAAAUCGAGGAAGCAUCUCUCUCCCCCUCAGAAGGCAAGGAUCCUGCCGCCUUCCCAGCUACAGUGAAAGAGGAACCUGCAGACAACAACUUCCUGCCUGAGCUGGGCAUUCUGCACCUGCUCUCAGCUGAUCACAGUCUUCAGCCCUCUGGUUGUCUACUGGAUGCCUGUAGUGACUCUGGAUAUGAAGGCUCCCCAUCUCCCUUCAGUGACAUGUCCUCUCCCUUGGACACUGACCACACUUGGGGGGACACUUUUGCCAAUGAACUCUUUCCCCAGCUGAUCAGUGUGUGAUCUCCUCACUAGUAUUACAGUUACUCCAGAGGAAGAAGAAAUGUCACCUGUGCAGGGCAGGAAAUGUAUCCUUUUUCUUAGUCACAAGUAAAUACUGUCUUUCCCCACCCCAGCCCUUUUUAAAAAAAAAAUAUAUAUUUCCACCAAAACAAGUAUUGUUAUGCUUGUGCCUAUCUUGGAGCCCAUGUGCUGCUGGGUACAACACUACCCUUUGCACCAUUACAUUUCUCCUGAAAAAGAAAUACCCUCCUACAUGUAGACCUGGUAAAGGGAACAUUUGGCUCACAGCUUUCUGCCUCUGUUCACCUGUCCCAAACAAUUUUGCUCUCUUUACGCAAGCCCUUCCUUGCUAAGCUAGCUCUUCACUUCACUUCUUUCCCUCUUUCAGCAGUGAAGUCCUUAUUUUAGUUACACCAGUAGCCUACUGACCUGUGGAGGCUACUUUUCCCUGCAUGUACAGAUGACUGGAUCAAUACAGUUCUUCAAAAAAAACCCAACUGUACAGUUUAACAGAAAUUUACUGUGUAAAUGCUUUUAAGUUUUUGUUUUUCCUUUUGCUACUUAGUUUCAGGGAGUUGCUUUCUCCAUUUAAUAUUUAAAAAAAAAUAUUUGUGCAAUUAAAAAAGUGCAAUGCA